GCAACUGUCCAGCGCCACAUUCUAUGUGGAAAACUGUUUAGGUAAACAUGUUAAAAUUGCUGACUUAUUUUAGCAUGUCCACUAUCGAUAACGUCUCAAAAGUUAAAGGUCGAAUCCAAAUGGCGACACGUAUUCUUUCGAGGUUGUGCAACAAGGUUCGUUUACAGUUGACGUAUACCCCAGUUUCUUGUUUGUAUUCCAAAGAAUCUGCAUUAUCACGGAACGCAUCUUGUUCCAGACUUAUAAGAGAAGCACUCAGUGAUUUCGAAGACACAGAAUUUCAACCCUUACGAAUAAGAGGAUAUGCAUUAGGUAGAAAUUUUUCCAGGGCUAAUGUUGAUACUAUACAGUAUCUGGAAGAUAAAUCCGGAAAAGUUCUUGAUAUAAUGGAAGCACAGGAAGUCAUGAAAACAGGUGAAGGGGUUUUCACUAAACGAGUAUCAUUCAAGUCCAUGUUUGAGGAUGGUUUCCGUUCUCUUGAACUAAACAUCGAAGGAAAGAAAUGUCCAGAUCCAAGUCUUCAGUUCGUUACGGACGCUUUUAUAUUAGGAUUCUUAGAAGAGAAAGAUUUCCAUGAGGAUUGUUUAAGAUGCAUGCAUAGAAUACCUGAACAAAGAGAUAGACCUAUAAAAAAUGAUGAAUCAUAUAUUUGCACAUUAUUAGCAAAUCAUCUGUUCUCCAGGCUAACUAUUCGGUUCUCUGGACAUCAUUAUUUUUUAACAAAUGACUAUCACAAUAAGUUCGAUGUUUGUCCUUGUAUGAAAUGUGGUCAGCAGAUCAGAUAUCGGAAUACUGGAAUUGGGAGUGAAUAUUUAUGGUAUGGAAGACCAGACAUCAUGUUGUUCACUAUGGCAGGAGGUGGCUGUAAUAUUAUAUAUCCAGAAGACUGCAGUGCAGAUGACAAAGAGUUUGAUGCAGACCAAGCAGAAAAUCAGAUAAUUGAAAUUGAUUUGAAAUCAUCAACAUUACGAAAAAAGGAAAAAAUUGAGCAAGUUGUUGCACAGACAAUUACUUAUUCAAUGUACCAGAGGGUACGUCAAAGAGAAAAAGGCAAAACACUUCCUCAAGCUUUUUUAAUUCCUACUAUUGUUGCAAGUUCUGAUUACUUUGAUAUUUAUAUGUAUGAUACACAGAAUGACAUCCUGUUAAGAAAUAAAGGAGAUCCUAUUCCUAUUUGGAAUAAGAAUAAAUUUAGUGCAGAGGGUGAAACAUUAAAUUUAUCAAACAUUUUAAAAAUUUGGAUGACAUUGAAUCAUUUUACCUUAAAGCCUAAACUUUUAGUAGAUGAGAUUCAAAGUUUAAAAGGAACAUGUGAUUUUUUAGGUCGUAUUGCUCCAAAACGCUUACAUUUGAUUGAAAAAACAAUUUCUAUGCAAAAAAAAUUUCUCCCAUUAAAGGAGAUGGAAUUGGAAUUAGAUGUUCCUAGUGUUUCAUUAAAACAAAAGUCUCUACCCAGUACAUGCAGUAAUGAUGAAGAAAAAUGACAAAUCUACAUUUAUGGUAUAAUUGCUUACAUGUAUGGCGUUCAUUAUUACUGAACUAGUAAAUAUUUUGUUAAGGGGCAGCUGAAGAACGCCUCCAGGUGCGGGAAUUUCUCGCUUCAUUGAAGACCUGUUGGUGACCUUCUGCUGUUAUUUUUUUCUAUGGUCAGGUUGUUGUCUCUUUGACACAUUCCCCAUUUCCAUUCUCAAUUUUAUUUCAUUUGAACUCUGGUGGAAAGUUGUCUAACAUGUUUAACACCACCACAUUAUUUAUGUAUUCGCCUGUCCCAAAUCAGGAGCCUGUAAUUCAGUGGUUGUCGUUUGUUUAUGUGUUACAUAUAUGUUUUUUUCGUUCAUUAUUUUCAAAUAAAUAAGGCCGUUAGUUUUCUUGUUUGAAUUGUUUUAUAUUGUCUUAUCGAGGCCUUUUAUAGCUGACUAUGUGGUAUGGGCUUUGCUCAUUGUUGAAGGCCGAACGGUGACCUAUAGUUGUUAAUGUUUGUGUCAUUUUGGUCUUUUGUGGAAAGUUGUCUCAUUGGCAAUCAUACCACAUCUUCUUUUUUAUAUAUCAUUGGCAAUCAUACCACAUCUCCUUAUUUUUAUAUUUACAUCCAUAUUAUAUUUUCAGCAAAAAAUGUUAAGUACCACCAACAUGACCAAUUUGUACUUUCCAUUACAAAAAUAUUAAAAACUCCUGUCUGAAAAUCUUCUGUAGCAGCCUUGGUCUUAAAAGUGACACAGAGAAACAUCUUUUUGUCUGAUCAUUGACAACUCAUUUUUACUCAUUAAAAAGUUUUAUGAAGUUGAUAAUUCCAACACAUGUCAAAAGGUAUAAAACAUAAUUUGUGAAAUUUGAUUUACGUCCCAAAAAAGAGUUAAAAAUGUGUUCUAUUAAGAUGGAUGGUGUUACAAAAAAUUUGUUUCUUUUGAACUGUUUAUUACAGAAAAUUUCAUAACUUUCUCAUUUUUAAAAAGUGGUUUUAAUAAUUAUUUAGAUUUUCCGUUAAACAUAUAUAUAUAUGCUAAAGAAAAUGACUCAUCAAAGCAAUCUCUAUUUCUGUCUUCAUAUACUGAUAGUUAAAUGGUGUUAGAAUUCAUUUAAAUUGACAGAAUGGAAUUUUUCAGGGGGAGAAUGUUGAUAUUAGAAAAAAAAUGAUAAACUUGAUUUUUUUUUAAAUGUGAUAACUUUAUAAAAGUUGGUUAAUUGUUGCAUAACACAUUAAAACCACCCUGCCAAGUGUCAUAUUUCUGGCUACAGAAGUUAUUCCUGUAGCCCUUGUAGAUGGUAAGUGAUCUAUAAUUUUUUUUAGAUCACAUACAACAAAGUAGCAGGGGUAUAUAAUGUUUGUGCUAUCCGUUAUUGAGUAUCGUCAUUUGGUAAUUUGUAAUUGUAAUGCUUGUUAUAUUACAUUUUUUUUUAUGUAAUGUAAAGUAAUUUGUUAUGCACAUUUUCUGCAUUACAAUUACAUGUAUUGUAAUGUAAUGAUGUAAUGGGGUGAAAAUUAUCAAGUCUUGAUCUUUUGUUUCUGAUAUUUGUAUAAAUGAUAUUGGGAAUAUUUUGGUAGUCCAUGAAAAAUCUUCUAAAAAAAAUAUAAAACAAAAUUAUAUUGAUGAAAAGAAAAAAUAUGGAGAUUAAAUUUCAUUAUGCCAUACACACCUUACAGGUAUUUCAAUGAAAGAUUGAAUAUGUCAAUCGACAUUUUUACACCAAACUGUAAUUUGUGUCCUGAUUAAUAUCAAAUUGUUUUUAUUGUAAUAUAAAUAAUUAAAUAAAUAAUUUGUUUAUUAAAGUGUCACAUAUUGAUUGCAAUAAAAAUAAUUCAUACACAAUAUACAUACAUAAUAAAAUAACCAAUAUCCAGGGCAAAACUGACUUACGAGACACUGUUAUACCAAUUACACAUUUACAAAUUAAAAUAGCGUAAGAAAAAAAUAUUAAAAAUAAUAUACAUUUUUUCCCAAAAUAAAUAAUCCUCAGCUUAAAACUCUUAUAAUUAGUUUUAUAUAAAACAUAUGCUUAUGUCACAAAAAUGAUAAAAAUUCUCAAAGAUUUCCAUAAAUUAUUGAAUAUCAGUUCGUGAAUCACAUUGUCUAAUAAAUAAAAUAAAAAUUUAACUAUUUAUAGAAUAUAAACUUUAAUUUGUCUAAACUAGGCAUAAAAAAAAGAUGUUGAAUCAUUAUAAAAAUAAUUUAAAAAAAAAAGUAAUCAAAUCUUCUCAACUUAUGUUUGUCUUGAGCCCUUAGGCAUUUAGCAAGAUAUUCUUUUAAUGACACAUUUAUUAUAUUUCUUUGAGAAAUCCCUUUAUGAUGUCUUGAUAAUUAAGUGAGCAAUGUUAGAAACGAAAUUAUAUGAUAAUUUAUUUAUUUUUCACCACCACCUAAGAAACUUGAAAGUGACUUUUUCAGUUUCAUGCCUUCUCCUACUCCAUCAUAGAGAAGACACAGGUCAGGUGCAGUACAUGAUUUUGACAUUUACUUGUCUGAGCCAUGCAAAGAAAUGUCAAUCAAUCCACUGGAAUACUUGAUGUCAAAUUCAGUGCACCUUUCUUCCUUGGCUAAUACAUCUAUCAAAUAUUUAGCCAUUUCCUCCACAUCAACUCCUUUCGAAAGGCUUUUUAGUAAUGCUAGAAAGGUGUACAGACCUGAUCGCCUUCUCUUAAUGACAGCACGUUUGAAACACUUAUGAUGAUAAAGUGCAAUGGACAUGUUGAUUAACCAGUUUUUGAAAUCCAUGCUCUAACACUAUUAUACCCUGCUAAUAUUUAUCAAUUUCUUUUUACAUUGCAUUAAUGUAAUGGCCCAGGCCUGAUUGCAACCAUACUUUGAUAUAUGGUGGCAUAUAAUGAGUGUAAGGUCUCUGUUGAUUUUGAGGUUACUAUGUCUAUAGUCAAGGUCAUAGUUACUACAGAAAUUCUGAAUUUUGUGCAGAAAAGAAGUUUCAGGAUGCUUCAUAUACUGGUAUAUGGGAUUGCAACCUAACUUGGAUAUAUGGUCACAUAUAAUAAGAGGAAGAUCCCUAUUGAUUUGUAAGUCACCAAGGUCAAAGUUAAUAAAUAUGGUAUUGUGUAACACAAUAUUACUGUCUGAAAUCAUAAACCAAAAUCAUAUUUUAAUGCAAAGAAGAAAAAAAACUGCCAUCAGGUCAAUAUUAGCUUUUCCUCUUUAUCUUGGGCAUGGGGUAUGUGAGCUGGCUCACUAAAGGUUCUUAUAAAAGUUAUAAGUCUAUCUCUUUCAUAUGAAGAAAAGCCAAACAAACUCUCCUAAAAAUUAUAGUAUACCCUGGUAAGUAGGUCUGAUUUUUUUAUGGUAAAAAUUCUUAUAAAAUACUGUGUUUUCACUUAGCCUGGUUCAUCUUCAGGAAACCACUUGUCGAGGUUGUUAGCUUGUAAUUUUGCAUAACACUUACAUAUUUUCUAUAAUAAUAAAUAAUUUAUAUUUGUUCUGCCAAAGAGAUACAUUAGGAUGAAAAUUUGGUAGAAGUGAUGUUAGCUCAUUGUAAUAAAGCUUUGUAUUUCAGAAGGAAUAGGAGCUUGGUAUACAGAUGUCUUAUGCAAGUUAUGGUCUAAAUCUCCAUCUGGCAUAUAUGCCCAUUGUUUUUUUCCUCAUUUUCAUUGUUCAGUGACUUCUUUUAAAAAAUGUAUUUUUUUAUCCUUUGAUUUUCUCUUCAGGAUGACUCUCAUAUUUUUUUUUCUUAAAAAAGGACACAUAUUACAUAGCCUUUUAUUUUCCAAAUCUGAUCAUUCAACAUUCUAUGGUGAUAUUUUAUAAAAUCUUUUCAAAGCAAGAUUUUUGCCAAAUUUAGGAAGAUUUUCAGUAGAUGUAGUUUAGAAAAUCAAAAUAAUUUUGGUCAUGAAAAGUGCACAAUUACAUACACUGAAUUCAUAUAUUGAUGAUAAAAUGGUGCCAGUUGUAAAUAAUCAUUGAUGUCAUUUCCAUCAACAUCUGAAUUUCUGGAUUUAUUUUGUACCUUAUCAGAUAUUACAGACUUCUUUAAGUUUGAAAAAUGGUAGAAUGUUGUA